AUGACCUCACCACACCAGCAGGUGGCCGUCAUUGGCACAGGGAUGGCAGGACUGGUGAUCGCAUACAUCCUCAGGAACGAUCCGAGGGGGAGAUUCGACGUCCAAGUCUUUGAAAAGCAAGACAAACUCUCCCUGGAUUCGGCGUCCCAUACCCUCACAGACUCGAAGACCGGCGAAAAAUCCGAACGCCUCGACCUGCCCAUGCGCGCAUUCGCUGACGGAUAUUAUGAGAGCUUACGGCGCAUGUAUGACUACUUCGGUAUCACAUAUGGCUCUCCGCGAUUCAUUUAUGCCCUAUCUACAUUAUCGAACGCCCAAGCCGAUCCCUAUUUCAUCCACUCCUCGAAUAACCACCAAUUACCCCCACUCCGCCCGAAUGGUCUCUCUUGGAUUAGCUGGCUGAUCGAGGUGUGCUAUCUGGCUGUCUGCUACUAUUGGUUCACGGCUUGUUGUUUCUUCGUGACUCCUCACACUGCGGAAUCGGCCGGCACGGAGGAAACCCUUCGCCAAUACGUCGACAGAAUAAGACUACCCCAAUAUUAUGUGGCGAACUACUUGCUGCCACUCAUGUCGAGUGUGACUACCUGCUCACAUGAGGCGCUGAUGGAUUUCCCGGCUGUUGAUCUGGUCGAUUACGAGAGAAGGACUUUCCGCCAGAAACACUACACUGUCCUCGGUGGCGUCCACAGGGUUCAGGCAAAACUAUCCGAGAACUUGACACAUACACUCGGAGCGAAAGUCACGGCUGUGGAAAAUGUCGGCACAAAAGUCCAAGUAAGCUGGACCAACACCGAUGGACAAAGUAAUUCUCGACUCUUUGAUCAUGUCAUCCUGGGCGUAACACCCGAUGUGGUUGGGGCAAUCUUCCAACCUCUCCGGAGUGCCAUGGCUGCCGUUCCCACGGCCAAGGUCCAAUCAGUCGUUCACAGGGACUUCUCCAGGAUUCUAAAUGCUAGCCAAUCUAUCUGGAAGCAGAUGUCUUGGGGCUCUGGCGAGUCAGCCCCGCAGCCUAUUCACAUGUGCUCGAAGGAUGGUGCUACAGAGUCAAUCCAUGAACAUCCUUCAUCGGCAUUGAUCACCACGUAUCCCAUUGCCCCGAUUGAUCCCGAGAAGGUCGAGUAUACCGCCACAUUCACCCGGGUCCUGCGAUCAGCUGCCAGCAGACAGAUUGUGAACCGAAUCUUUGGGCGGAGAAGUGCCGAUGAAAAGAGCCAGCUUUGGCGAAAUGGUGACGGCAAUGUCUGGCUGGUUGGUGGGUGGUGCUGGGAUGGAAUGGUAAUGUUGGAAGGGUGUCUUGCCUCAGCAACGAGAGUCGCAAAUGCCCUGGAUGUCGAGGUGCCAUGGAUGAAGAGUUCAUGA